AUGGCGGACAUAGAUGAAGAUGCGCCCGUUACCUCGCUGCAUUCCCAGUCCUUCGAAGACAACGAUCCUAGCGACGAAACCCAAGAUUUCCGCUUGCUUGCAGCAUUAAACACGAAGUCAGGUCAACUCCCCAAACGAGGGGAAAAGGACUUCGAGCCUCACGGCACCAAGCACCAAGAUGGUAUUCUCGAGGUUAGCAGACAGGCGAUGCACGAUGCCUUGUCCUAUACAAGAAUCCACCCUCCGAAGGGAUAUAUAAGGGGUUUCUACUAUGGCGAAGAGGGCUUGAGGAGGGACGACGUUAUACCGGAGGGGUGGAGAAAAGGCUUAGAUGAUGACCACAUUGUCGUUGUUGAGUCCUCAAAGGGGCCUCACUUCAGAACUAUGGGAAAGUCUUCAUUGGGCCAGAAACGGCCAAGUCUAUGGUUGCUGCCAGAAGAAGCGCUCUAUUUGGUCGAGAGGGGAAACCUUGACUUAUGGUGGCCGACACGAUCAUCACUCACAGCUAUAAUCGGCGAAGAAGAAAACGAAGAUAGCCAAAAGUUGGACGGUGAGGAUGAAGUGGAUGAAGGGGUACCAAUGAGUCUUCAAGCUGCUUAUGCGCUUUUGGUGGGCAAUGAUGGGGAGAGAGGGAAGGUUAGCUUGGAGAGGUAUACCGUCUAUGCAAACCUCAAGAGAAAUGGGUAUGUUGUUACGAGAGCGCCAGAAUCGGACCCGCAACAGGAAAAGACGCAGGUUGCCAGGCAUCGUGGGGGCUCAAGUCCCUUCAAUUGGCUCUUUAGCUGGCUUUUUGUCGCAUCAGAGGUCAAGCGCCAACCAUUUGGGCCAUUGGUGAAACCUGGAAUGUACCGGUCUUACGACGAGAUCUACCGACAAAUCGCCAUUAUUCCGCGACACAAGCCAUCAGCUGCACCGGAAAAUCCCGCACCGCCGGCAGAAGAUCCAUAUCGUGUAGUUUUCCAUCUGUGGAAACCCACGAAUAUCCCCAACUUUGCCAAAACAAACCCAGGACCGGCUGACUUUCGCAUCGCGAUUACCGAUGCGCGGGCUAGUUUUGUGCCAUCAUUUACACAGAUGGCGUCUUUGCUGGAUAGCACACCUUGGGACCCGCCUAGUUCAGAUUUGGUUGGCCCGUCCAAGAUGUACCAGCGUCUAAGACAUGGUUGGCGAAAUGUGGUUUUAGCGGUGGUUGAUCAAGGAGUUAUUAGCUAUUUGCGGCUUGGCGAAACCGCCUUUGGAGAAGAGAGAUUGUGCGAAAGGUUUGAUCAAGGUAGCACUGGUGGCAAUAAGCGAGGCGGUGGUGGGCGUGGACGAGGGCGAGGGCGUGGAGGGCGAGGGCGAGGGAGAGGUCGCAGAUAG